AUGAACGCGCCACCCCUUCCACCUCGGCCCCAAGGUUUCCACCGGCCGCUCUGGCAGCCGGCGGUCAACACCUCCUGGAACUACGUGCUGCACCAUAAGGUGCACCUCGACCACACCAUCGAGCACCAGCAGGUCUGGAUCAUCGACCUGUUCGACAACACCGCGGCGGAGGUGGCGGCGCUGCACCAGCGCGGCCGCAAGGUCGUCGCCUACUUCUCGGCCGGCACCUACGAGAACUGGCGGCCCGACGCGGCGCGUUUCCAGCCGGCGGACCUGGGCCGCAAGAUGGACGACUGGGAGGGCGAGAAGUGGCUGCAGACCAACUCGGCCAACGUGCGCCAGAUCAUGCAGGCGCGGAUGGACCUGGCCGUGCAGAAGGGCUUCGACGGGGUCGACCCGGAUAACAUCGAUGGCUACGACAACAAGAACGGGCUGAAGCUGUCCAAGGGCGAUGCUGUGGAUUAUGUGCUCUGGCUCGCGGGUGAGGCGCACGCGAGGGGCCUGUCGGUCGGGCUGAAGAAUGGUGGCGACAUUGUGCCUCGUGUUGUUGACCAGAUGCAGUGGUGUGUGAACGAGCAGGCGGUGCAGUAUGAUGAUGAGGAGCAGUUUCUGCCCUUUGUGAGGCAGGGCAAGCCCGUCUUUCACGUAGAGUAUCCCAAAGGGGAGGAUCCUGAUAGUGACAAACAAAAUGACCGCAAGGAAGUGACCGGGAAGAAGAGGGACAAAUGUAUGAGGGGGAAGCAACAUGGGUUUUCGACUAUCAUCAAGAAUGUCAGGCUUGAUCAGUGGAUUCAGACAUCUUGA